AUGUCUAACCCUCUGCGGCAAGUUUUCAACAAGGACCGCACGUUCCGCCCCAAGAAGAAAUUUGAACCCGGAACGCAGCGCUUCGAGCUGCACAAAAUGGCGCAGGCGUCUCUCAACGCCGGGCUGGACUUGAAGGUGGCUGUGCAGCUGCCGCCGGGCGAGGAGUUGAACGACUGGGUGGCCGUCCACGUGGUGGACUUCUUCAACCGCAUCAACCUCAUCUAUGGGACCAUCGCUGACUCCUGCACGGAGCAGAGCUGCCCUGUCAUGUCCGGGGGUCCGAAAUAUGAGUACCGGUGGCAAGACGAGAAAUCCCGCAAGCCCACUGCCCUCUCGGCCCCACAAUACAUGGACCUGCUGAUGGACUGGAUCGAAGUGCAGAUCAACAACGAGGACCUUUUCCCCACCAACGUUGGUGAGUCCAUUUCCGGGAUUUGCUGCGGGGGGCGGGGGGGGGCAGCAGCGUGAUGCGGCUGCACAAAAAGGCGAAUGUGAUUCUAGGCUGCAUUAAUCCAGAAUGCGGCAGCUAGACUGGUGACUGGGAGCGGCCGCCAAGACCACAUAACACCUGUCUUGAAAGACCUACAUUGGCUCCCAGGACGUUUCCGAGCACAAUUCAAAGUGUUGGUGUUGACCUUGAAAGCCCUAAAUGGCCCAGUAUACCUGAAGGAGCGUCUCCAACCCCAUUGUUCUGCCCGGAAACUGAGGUCCAGUGCUGAGGGCCUUCUGGCGGUUCCCUCAUUGCGAGAAGCAAAGUUACAGGGAACCAGGCAGAGGGCCUUCUCGGUGGUGGCACCCGCCCUGUGGAACGCCCUCCCACCAGAUGUCAAAGAGAAAAACAACUACCAGGCUUUUAGAAGACAUCUGAAGGCAGCCCUUUUUAGGGAAGCUUUUAAUGUUUAACAGACUAGUGUACUUUAAUACUUUGUUGGAUGCCGCCCAGAGUGGCUGGGGAAACCCAGCCAGAUGGGCGGGGUAUAAAUAAUAAAUUUAUUAUUAUUAUUAUUAUUAUUAUUAUUAUUAUUAUUAUUAUUAUAACAACCUUGCAUUCCCAAGUCACGGGAAGGUGAUGGUUCAGUUUUUGCCCUGUGCUGGACAGAUCCUCUGUCGUGGGGUGCUUUGGACCCAGAGGAAGUGGGGGGAGGACCAGCUGGGGAACCCCCACGGGAAGAAGGCUCAGAGCCCGUGGAGGGGUGGUGGAAUGGCAAUGAGUGGUCAGAGGGAGAAGAGGAAGAGGACUGGGAGGUGGAGGUGUCGGAGGCUGAAGAGGUAACAGGGUUUAGUGAGCGGGGAGAGUCUGUGGCAGAGAGCAGUCCAGAAUUGGAGGCAAGAGCUAAAGCAGGAGAGGAGGGAGGCCAGGAGGCAGAGAUGAGUCCGGGUGGUGAAGAGUCACGGGGGUCUCCCCCUCCUGUUGCAACCAGCUCCCCUCCCUGCUAGUCUCCCAGAACCAGGAGAGGCAUGAAAAGGGCGGAGGAGAGGUUGGUUUUGCGCAGGCGCAGUCUCCGAUUCCUUGGGGAAAACCCAUGAGGGGAGGAGACCUAGGCAGCUGUCAUGGACUGACUGGAUGCAGAAGAGUGGUGGGAGGAACCUGCUGGGGGAACCCCCAAGGGAAGUCCGGAAUCAGAGGUGGAAACUGAAGCAGGAGAGGAGAGAGGCAGAGAUGAGUCCAGCUGGGGAAGAGCCAUGGAGGUCUCCCCCUCCCGCUGUGACAAGCUCCCCUCUCCGCUGGUCUCCCAGAACCAGGAGAGGCAUGAAAAGGGCGGAGGAGAGGUUGGCUACACACAGGAGCAGUCUCCGAUUGUUUGGAGAAAGCCCUGGGGAGGAGGGGGUUGAGACGGCUGUAGGAAGGCAGGGACUUCCAGUCUUGGCAACUGAUCCAUUGGAGAAACCAGCCAAGUCUCAGGGCAGAGUCUGUAUACAAGGUCCAGUCCAGUCCUAAGGUCAGGUGUAUCUCAGUUCACGUAGUUGGACGAUCCGGGGGUCAAGAAAGCCGUGAGUCUCAAGAAGCAGCAAGGUCUGGUCAGGAAGGACAAAUGUUUGUUUCCAGCAACUCACUGAGGCUGGAAGCCCUGCUUAAGAAACUGGAGUCAGCUGGUUCACAUCAGGAGCAAGAAGGCUGAUCAGUAGGGGGCUGGAUGGACCCAUCAGUCUGACUUGAUAGGAAGCAAGCUUGCUACUUAAAUCAGCUGUAUACCGUAUUUUUCGCUCUAUAAGACGCACCAGACCACACGACGCACCUAGUUUUUGGAGGAGGAAAACAAGAAAAAAUAUAUUCUGAAUCUCAGAAGCAAGAACAGCAAGAGGGAUCACUGCGCAGUGAAAGCAGCAAUCCCUCUUGCUGUUCUGGCUUCUGGGAUAGCUGCGCAGCCUGCAUUCACUCCAUAAGACGCACACACAUUUCCCCUUCCUUUUUAGGAGGGAAAAAGUGAGUCUUAUAGAGCAAAAAAUACGGUAUUUGGAACGAGGAGGACUAGAUACUUUUUUAUUAGAGGGAAGGCCAUAGCUCAGCCGUAGAGGUCCAAAAGGCUGCUGAAGGGCUGCUGCCAGCCAGUGUGGACAGUAUUGACCUUAGACAGGGGCGGUGUGUUUGUGUGUUGGGCAUCUCCGCCGCCCGUCGUGACCUGGGCAUCAUGUGCGUUUCUCGCACCAGGUACCCCGUUCCAGAAGAACUUCCUCAAGUCCGUCAAGAAGAUCCUCUCGCGACUCUUCCGAGUCUUCGUCCACGUCUACAUCCACCACUUUGACCGCAUCGCCCAGAUGGGCUCCGAAGCCCACGUCAACACCUGCUACAAGCACUUUUACUAUUUUGUGACAGAGUUUGGCCUCAUUGACACCAAGGAGCUGGAGCCCCUGGUGAGUCCCCAGCCGCGCUGAGCCCCUUGGCCUGGGACCAGGCCUCCUCUGGGGAAAAGGGUUGCCAAUCUUUUCAUAAUUAUUACUUAUUAUUAUUUAUUAUUAUUAUUAUUAUUAUUAUUAUUAUUAUACAGUGGACACUCGGGUUGUGAACGUGAUCCGUGGAAGAGGCACAUUUGCAACCCGCAGGGUUCGCAACCCGCAGCGCCUCAUCUGCACACGCACGGGUUGCAAUUUGGCGCUUCUGCGCAUGCGCAAAGCGUGAUUUAGCGCUUCUGCGCAUGCAUGAGCGUUAAAACCCGGAAGUAACCCAUUCCAGUACUUCUGGGUUUCAGCGCAUCCUUAACCCGAAAACACUCAACCUGAAGCAUCUGUAACCCGAGGUAUGACGGUAUUUAUAUGUACAAAACCACUGAGGUGAUGGCAUAAAAUACAGCCCUCCUGCAUUGUCAGGGGUUGAGCUGGAUGAUCUUUGGUGUUCCCUUCCAGCGCCACAGUUCUAUGAGCCUGUGGCUUUCAGUGAUAUUUAUAUACCGCUCGAUGUGCAGAAUCACUAAGCGGCUUGCACUGAGGUCAUUUUGGAAAAGAAGAGGAAGGCCCAAGGCUAAGCCUCAUUUGGAAAUUGUCAUUAGUAAUAUUGGAACCGUCGAGCGAGAAGGGACCACAAGGGUCAUCUAGCCCAACCCCCUGCCAUGCAGGAAUCUUUUUGCUCAACAUGGGACUUGAACCCACGACCUUGAGAUUAAAAGCUUCAUGCUCUACCGACUGAGCUACCCCACGUAUUAUUAUUAUGAUCAUCAUCAUUUUUGUAGCAUUCAUAUACUGCCUGGUGUGCAAAAUUCCAAAGUCAUUCCCAUAAGACAUAAUAAGAUGAUUUGAAAAAGGAAAUGGCAACGCCAAGUAAUAUUUGGAAAUCGUUUUUAUUAUUACCAUCAUCUUCAUUAUUACUGGUACUGUUAUUAAUAUUAUAUUUAUAUGCUGUUAACCUACCUUGCCUAAAAGACCUUCAUAAGGUCUAGCAGCUUGCUGCUUUUUAAAAAAAAAUAAUUGUGGUGCCCUGAACCUUAUUUUACCUUUUUGCUGUGCAAUGUUAAUAAUAAUAAUAAUAAUAAUAAUAAUAAUAAUAAAUUUUAUUUAUACCCCGCCCUCCCCAGCCAAGGCCGGGCUCAGGGCGGCUAACAAGCAAUAAUAAAAACAAGUUGAAUGAAUACAACUUAAAAAGAAGAUUAAAAUACAACAUUAAAACAUUGAAACAUUAAAAUGCAGCCAAGCUGAUAUAGAUAUAGAUAGAUAUUCAUUCUUUCUCACAGUUUCGAACGGCAGAAAAGCACUCAGUUCUUUUCCCCACCCUCUUUUAUUCGACAGAAGGAAAUGACCUCGAGGAUUUGCCACUGA